CUCAACUUUACCUGAAAUUUGUCACGUGCCUCAUAAUGUCAGACUCGGACGUCGAAAUCAAAAAAAUAGCUCCAAUGAAGCCCGUCAAAAAACCACCGAACAGCCCCACGGAAGAUUUACUAAAAGCCCACGAAAAAAAGGUCACAACCAAAGCUAUGAUCCACGAAGCUUUGACAGAACUGAAAACGAGAAAAGGCGUCUCAAUACAAGCCAUCAAGAAGUAUAUGGAAGACAAAUAUUAUGUUCAAACGGAUAAAGUAAAGUAUCUCAUCAAGAAAACCUUGAAGACCGGUGUUGAAGACGGCAGUAUAGUGCAAUUGAAAGGCAUCGGAGCGUCAGGAUCUUUCAAGUUAGCGCCUGUUAAGGAAAAAACUAAAAAGAAACCUAAAAUCAAGAAGGAAAAGCCUAAAAAGGAGAAAAGUAAAGAAUCAAAAGAAAAACCCACGAAAGAUAAGAAAGAGAAAAUUGUGAAGGAAAAAGCGAGUAUAGAUAAAAUGAAGCCUGCGAAGAAAGUCAAGAUGGACGUAAAAGAUAAGGAAAAGAAGACGGAAAAACCGAAAGAUAAGAAGAAAGCUGAUUUGAAGGAGAAGAAAAGUAAAACGGCGGCAACUCCAACUAAGAAGAAAGCGACAAUGAUGAAGAGGAAAAGCAUAGGAUCUAUCAUUAAACCACCGAAGAUGAAGCCGAAAUUAAAAUCUUAA